CAACAUUGAACUGCCAGUCUUGACCUUGGUCCUCUGUUCCUGGUAAUGUUCCAAGUGUUCCAGUGAAUUAUCAAACAUUAUUUUAAAGAAAAACACGGAUAUACAAUGCCAAAUUCCUAAAUCAACUCCAUAUUAACUGUAUAUACGUCUUAAACAUGGUACUGACUCCAAUAUUUCGCCUAGAACAAGAUGACAAAAAGCUUAAAGUUAUCAUUCAUGCUCCACUAGCUAAAAUAUCUGAAAUGGAAGUAUGUGUGGAAGAACAAACUUUUUAUUUUGACUCCUCCCCGUACUAUCUUAAAUUCGAUAUUCCAGGUUCUGUAUUAACGGAUGAAGAUACUUUUGACUAUGAGCUCAUUGACGGUGAUAUACACAUUACAUUGGAGAAGUCUAAACCAGGACUCUUCAAGGAUUUAGAUUUAAUUACAAAACUGUUGAUAACUUCUGAAACAAAGCCUUCCAAGUGUUUGAUUGAAGAAUUGAAUGAUACUGUUGAACAACAAAAGUGUUGGUCAUUGGAUUGGUUUAGCGAUUCAAAAAGUAUAAGUUCGACACCAGAAGAUGUGAUUCUUUCUAAUCCAACUUAUGGUUUUAGUGGUUCCAAAUCUGGACUGUUCCAAGUUGAGUCUGAUUUAACACAUGCAGUGGAUCUGCCUCAUCCAGAUUCGGUUGAUGUUUUCAAACGAUCAGAGCUUAGAAAAGUGGAUGAAGAGAAGAAAUUUCUUAUCGAUCAUUAUCUUGCUGAUUAUUUCGAAUCGGACUCUUGGAUUCAUAUGAAAAACAUUGAUUUACCAUGGUCUAUUAAUAAUAAUACUAAUAGUUUACCAGAAUUCUCAUCUGAUGAACGUCAUCGUCUAAUCACUUUAUCAACUCGUCGACUUCCUCUUCAACCUGAUAAUGUUUUGGAAGAAAAAAUUAUAUAUUUAGGCCUACUCGAUCUAUUAUUUGGUUAUAUAUAUGAUUACAGAGUUCGUGAAGGUGAGACGAUGUCCGAAUCCGGUUGGAAUAUAGUGAAACUUGCAGCUACACUUUCAUGGUUUGAGGUUUAUCAUUCCUUACCGGAAGUUGUUGUGUCAUUCUAUAGACGUGCUUUAACUUAUCCUCUUGUACGAAGUUGGAGAUUUUGCACACUUAUCAAGCAUGAUGCUUCUCAUCUUUUACAGCAUACUAAUACCAAACAAUGGUGUUUGAAGUGUCUAUUAGAAAUUCGUGAAUUUUUGAUCGCCUAUCCUGGCUAUCAUGUAUUCGCUGAAUUAUAUCUAAAUGAUUAUAUUGUAUGGAUUCAGACGCGAGCAUGUGAGUCAAAUUUACAUGAUCUUGGCAAAAGUUUAGAGGAAUUUAAAAUGAAAAAAGAUUUUGUCGAAUUGAACUUGAAACAAAUUGAACAACUUGGUCAUGAAUGUUUAAAAAUGGAAAAACUACAAGAUUCAUUAAAACAAAUGUCAUUUUCUGUGAAUGACAUAGAAGAUGAAAAACCGAAACCUUUACAAACUUAAACUGAAAAAUGUUCAGAGAUUCUUUACACACUUUCCCUUUGUAUAUUUAAAAACUUAUUUUGUUUUCUUGUAUCCCUGCUCCCUUAAAACUUAUAUUUCUAUAUUAAACCAUAUUUUAUUCAUCGAAAUAAAUUUAUCUAUAACUAUAGUGGAGAAAUCCCA